AUGAAUCGUGAGACAAGUCAGAUCCAUGAUCGACAGGAUCUCUGCUCUACGCCUGGGGAUAUUCAUUCCGACAUGGACGAAAAGAUGCGAAUCUCAGACGAUGAGACCAAGAAGGAAGGCCCAAUGAAGCGAUUUUAUCACAAGGUCGUGAAACCUGCUUUCCCUGAAGCCAUUACAGACAUCAAAAUCAUGUUUAGGGGAGGAAUGACCGCAUUAGAGACGCCUAUUUCCCGAGAUCGAAAGAAUCGCUCAAAGUUGGCCUUCCUAGCCAAACGGAAAGCCCAUUGCAGAGACGCCUUCGCCAAGUAUAUCGGUGUUGAUCCUCUCGAUGUGAAUGCAGAAGAUGUUCCUACCAGCUAUGGUGAGCAUCGAAAGAACACCGAUUGUCCUCUGACCGCUGAAUCUGCCAAGAUCGGGACAUUAGGCUAUUGCGAAGAGAUGAAGCAAACAGGCCUUUGGGAUUGCCUCACGUACGUCGCAGGCGUCUCCGGGUCCUGUUGGGCUCUGGCGACUUACUACACGUUCGGCAAGGACAGCAUGCAGGCAGUACUUGAUCACUGCAAGAAGCGGUUCUCGCCCUAUCAUCCACUAUCAGGCGAUGCGAUACGUACACUUUUAAGUGUUCCCGGAGGUGCCAGAAUCACACUCGGUCCGCUGAUUCAGAAAAGAAAAAGCGGCCUCGAGAUAGUUGCAAUGGACCUUUACUCUGUCUUCACCACUGGAUGGAUCUUUUUUCAAGAUGACCCGAUCAGUCAUCCUGGAGGCCAUGCCCAACGAAAGUGGUCGACAGCUCGUCAGUACACAGAUGACGGCACCGAUCCGCUCCCUAUCAUCACUGCCAUUCGCCAUGAGCGACCAUGGAGAGACUGGGAAGACAAAGAGCAUCCUUUCAAAGAUGGUGACCAUACGAAGGCAUGGUUUCAGAUGAUUGACAGCUCAAUGCAGUGGUUUGAAAUGACUCCGUAUGAAGUUGGCCGCGAUGAGAUUGAGGCCUGGGUACCAACGUGGGGAUUUGGACGACCGUUCGAACAGGGCAAGAGCACAAUGCAGCUACCAGAGCAGUCUCUAGCCUUACUCCUUGGACUGGCUACAAGCGCACCGGCCGGGCCCCUCACUUCGUAUAUAUCAACGAUCAGUCGGAACCUGCCAGGAGGCUUCCUGGGAAGCACUGUGCAUAAGAUGGCGCACGCCGUCACCAAAUUCUGGGGCAAGGACGGCACCGAGGAAUUUCAGAACCACCAUCCUCUCCACGCGAGACGGGUGGCUGAUCUUGACACAGUGUAUCACUUCUCGCACGUGGAGCCUGGCAAAGGCAGGCCGCCAGGGCUCGAGAACUCACCAAGAAUACAUUUGAUCGAUAGUGGCAUGGACAACAACAGUCCCACCUACGUCCUUCUCCACCCAAAUCGAGAUGCUGACGUAAUCAUAAACAUGGACGCGUCCAGCAAUGUCCAGAAGGAUACAUUCCAAGAAAGAGUUGAUCAGAUAGGAAGCCGAAGAGGACUGCAAUUCACGAAGCGACACGACAUCAAGCCCGGCGAAGAUGAGAAGGACCCGCACCGCUUCAACGGCUUGUAUGCGCAACUCUACGACGGCAAGCCCGCACCAAGACCGGAAACUGUAAUUGAUAGUUAUGUGAAGAGCGAGACAUCUCCAGCACCUCUGUCCACAAAGGAAUGCACGAUGAUAUACAUGCCUCUGUUACCGAACGAGAAAGCUGUGCCUGACUUCGAUCCUUCCACUGCAAAAUUGAGCGGAUCGUAUAACCUUGUAUGGACGGCGGAGCAGGUGGAGACACUAGUCAAGGUUUGCAGAGCCAACUUUGACGAGGCUCAGGGUACGAUUAAGGAAGCCUUACACGAAGCUUGGCAACGAAAGAAGGCUGCGAGGGAGGCUAAAGAGGAACAGCGUUGA